UGAUUCUUUCCGAAACGAAAAAUUGUCGCGUUACGCUUGUCGGGCUUUGAAUCCCUUCUCUUCCUGCGCUGUCUGAAAACUUCACAAAAUUACAGCCUGUGGUCCAAAUGGGACAAUCACAAUCCACCAUGCCCACAUCUACAAGCACUACAACCACUCAGGCUGACACCAAGGACAUGCACUCGGCUCCUUUGAAAGAUUUCAAGACCGAGUUCGCCGUCGAAAUGACAUGCCAAAGUUGCGUGGACAGCAUUUCUGACAUUUUAAAGAAAUUUCCAGGCAUUAACCAUUUUGAUAUCGAUUUGAAGGAACAGCGAGUGACAGUGGAGGGCCAUGCACCGCCCUCGCGAGUAUCAAAGGCUCUCAAAGAAUCGGGACGUACCGUGAUUAUUCGUGGUCAAGGUGUUUCUGGCGGCAAAGGUCAUUCUGGCGCCGCCGUCUGUAUCUUCGAUACCUUUGGUUCCGAUCCUACCGCUACCAUUCCCACAGGUACCCAAGGACUCGCCCGCUUUGUUCAAAUUGACAACGAAACGUGCUUGAUCGACUUGACUGUGCAAGGCUUGACUCCCGGAAAACACGGUGUACAUAUUCACGAAUUAGGCGAUAUUUCCAGAGGCUGGAUGUCGGCCGGUGAUCAUUUCAACCCUACUGGUGUUGAUCAUGGCGAUCAGUAUACGGGCCAUGUCGGUGAUCUCGGCAACGUUGAAGUGGAUGAAAACGGCUGGGGCGAUCUUGUAAUUGAGAGCGAACGUGUCAAAGUAUGGGAUAUUAUUGGCCGAAGUAUGGUUAUCAGCAAGAAUGAGGACGAUCUUGGUCGUGCCGAUACCAAGGCUUCCAAAUGGGACGGUUCCAGCGGUGAAGGUGUACUUUGUGGCAUCAUUGCACGAAGCGCUGGAGCUUUCGAGAACAUGAAAAAAGUAUGCGCCUGCUCCGGCAAAACGUUGUGGGAAGAGGCGAGACUCGAACAAAACAAAAAGGUCGAGUAAAUAUUCCACUGUCUAGAAUCAUGCCACCCGAGAUCGAAUACUGCUUCUUGUAUAUCUUUUGAUCCUUGAAUGAUAAGGGAAAACGAAAAAAAGAAAUUGUUGAUGAAUCAACAUAAAUUUAUGUUACAUGAUAGAAAUAAAUAAUG